AACUGGUAUCUUCCCCGCCGAGGAGGGCGUACAGGGCCGCCCCGCGCCGCCGCCGGAUCGCCGGGUUCCAGCCCCAGGAACGUUUUUCUUUCUUUCGCACUCUCCUGUUUUGUUUCGCAUAGCUCGGAGAGGAAAUCAUUUCUGAGCUUUGUUACUUUUCAAGCCAUCUUGUUCUUGGGCCAUGUCGUCUGCACAGGACCCUGGAGUCUGAGAAAUUGCAGCGGCGCUGUUGUUUAUGGAGCUUUGGGCGGGGGCUGAGCCCGAGGUCUUGCCCCUCGCCUGCCGCCCAGGCCAUGCCACUACGUCUGCGCGCGGAACGGCGGCGGCCGGGCCUCCGGGGCUGAGCCGGGAGCCGCGGGAGGAGGAGGCGCGGGCGGCGGAGCCGGAGCGGGAGCCGCGGCGGCGGCGGGCAGCGCGGGACCCAGUACUAUGGCUGUGUACUGCUAUGCACUCAACAGCCUGGUGAUCAUGAAUAGCGCCAACCAGGUGAAGAGCAGCGGCGCCCCCCGGGCCAGCAGCAGCGAGACACCCCCGCCGCCGGGGAGCGCCGUGUUGAGCCCCGGCAGCGUUUUCAGUCCCGGGAGAGGCUCCUCUUUCCUCUUCCCCCCAACCGAGUCGUUGUCGCCUGAGGAGCCCGGCAGCCCCGGGCGCUGGCGGAGUGGCCGGCGCAGGCUGAAUAGCAGCAGCGGCAGUGGCGGCAGCAGCAGCAGCAGCGUGGGCAGCCCGAGCUGGGCGGGUCGCCUGAGAGGGGACGGGCAGCAGGUGGUGACCGCCGGUCCCCUCUCCCCUCCAGGGCCGGAGGAGGCCCAGAGGAAGCUGCGAAUCCUGCAGCGCGAGUUGCAGAACGUGCAGGUGAACCAGAAAGUGGGCAUGUUCGAGGCGCACAUCCAGGCGCAGAGCUCCGCCGUUCAAGCGCCCCGCAGCCCGCGUCUGGGCAGGGCGCGUUCGCCCUCCCCGUGUCCCUUCCGCAGCAGCAGUCAGCCCCCAGGAAGGGUCCUGGCUCAGAGCGAGGAACGGAGGACCAAGUCCUGGGGGGAGCAAUGUCCAGAGACCUCAGAGGCCGGCUCCGGAAGGAGAGCAAGGGCGUCCAGCCCAAGCCUCUCCAAGGACAAGGUGGGAGUGGCACCUUCUCCCUGCCUGGCCUCCCCGUCGGGCUCAGGGGCUCAGGGUGCACCCGCUUCCGUGAUAACUGAGAAGGGGGUUCCUGCCAGACCCCACUGUGGCUCACCCACCGCUAUGGAAAUUGACAAAAGGGUCUCCCCUCUCUUGGGAACUCUGAGCUGCCAAGCUCCCUCAUUGGGGCUGGACGGAGCGAACUCCGUGAUGGCCACAGAAGUGGCAGCGGGAGCUACAUCCACUGGGCCUCACCAUCCCUAUGACCCUGCCCUCGCUGAGCUGUUUGAAAGGCCCCGGGAGCUUGGGGGCGUACAUUCCCCGACCCUGUUGGAGAGUCAGGGGCAGUCUCCGGGCAGAGAGACAAGGCCAGCCCCAGAGAAGGGCGGGCCCCGUGGUGGAGAUCCCCCUGGGAAGGUGGCGAAAGGAGAUCUGCCUAGUGGCUUGCCGGGCUCCGGGGAGCCGGAAUUGGGAGGAAGGCCAGAGGAGAGGACUGUGGACGCGCAGAGCUCAAAGCCCUCUGCGGCCCCGCGCUGGUUCAGGCCGUCAGGAGACCUGGGCUCCGUGGGGCCCGAGGUGACUCACAGCGGGGCCUCGGUGGUCGAGGAGCCUCCGCAGCUCUCCAACAGAGUGGAUGAAGAAUCUGCGACACUGGGCUUGCGUGGGGGCAGCAGCUCAGCACAGUCAGGUGCAGGGAAGGUGGAGGCGGGAACUCCCGCUGGCGGAAUGCUGGAACCUUUGCCCCGCUGGGAAGCGGCAAAAGAUGUGAAAGAACCUCAGUGCCUUCUUGGAGCUGGGGUGGGUGUGCAGCCUGGGAGCUCCAGGGCUUGGCUGGUUCCCAUGGAGCAAGCCCCUCUGGCCUGGACGUGUGGCACUGGGGUACAAUCCCAGGGGACUUGGGGAAGCCCACCGAAGGACAAAGCCACCCACCCCAGCCUGGAGUUGCUCUCCCCGGAUCAGAGGGACAAGGCUUCUCCCAGGGAGGCCUGCAGCCCCAGCAAUAUACCUGCAGUCAUCAUCACGGACAUGGGCGCCCAGGAGGACGGCGUCUUGGAGGAGACACAGGGCAGCCCCCUGGGCAGCCUUCCCCUGAGGAAACUAUCCUCUUCCUCCGCCUCCUCCACUGGCUUCUCCUCCUCCUAUGACGACUCAGAAGAGGACAUCUCCAGCGACCCUGAGCGCUGCCUGGACCCCAACUCCGCCUUCCUCCAUACCCUGGACCAGCAGAAGCCCAGAGUGAGCAAAUCAUGGAGGAAAAUAAAAAACAUGGUGCACUGGUCUCCCUUUGUCAUGUCCUUCAAGAAGAAGUACCCCUGGAUCCAGCUGGCAGGACACGCAGGGAGUUUCAAGGCGGCGGCCAACGGCCGGAUCCUGAAGAAGCACUGCGAGUCGGAGCAGCGCUGCCUGGACCGGCUGAUGGCCGACGUGCUGAGGCCCUACGUGCCGGCCUACCACGGCGACGUGGUGAAGGACGGCGAGCGCUACAACCAGAUGGACGACCUGCUGGCUGACUUCGACUCGCCGUGCGUGAUGGACUGCAAGAUGGGCGUCAGGACCUACCUGGAAGAGGAGCUCACCAAGGCCCGGAAGAAGCCCAGCCUCCGGAAGGACAUGUACCUGAAGAUGAUUGAGGUGGACCCGGAGGCCCCGACGGAGGAGGAGAAGGCCCAGCGGGCUGUGACCAAGCCGCGGUACAUGCAGUGGAGGGAGACCAUCAGCUCCACCGCCACCCUCGGGUUCAGGAUCGAAGGCAUCAAGAAGGAAGACGGCUCUGUGAACCGGGACUUCAAGAAAACCAAAACGCGGGAGCAGGUCAUCGAGGCCUUCAGGGAAUUCACUAAAGGAAACCAGAACAUCCUGAUCGCCUACCGGGACCGGCUGAAGGACAUUCGGGCCACCCUCGAAGUUUCUCCCUUCUUCAAGGGCCACGAGGUCAUCGGCAGCUCGCUCCUCUUCAUCCACGACAAGAAGGAACAGGCCAAGGUGUGGAUGAUCGACUUCGGGAAGACCACCCCCCUGCCUGAGGGCCAGACCCUGCAGCACGACGUCCCCUGGCAGGAAGGCAACCGGGAGGACGGCUACCUCUCGGGCCUCAACAACCUCAUCGACAUCCUGUCAGAAAUGUGCCAAGGCCCCGGCGCCCCCUAGACUGCGGCCCCUGUGCCCACCUCGCCCCGUCCCUGGCCUCCUCCCUCCCCCUUUUCUUCCUUCUCCUUCUUAAUUCUUCUUUGACUUCUUCCUGGGUGCAAGCCCCAGAACUGACCCUCCCAAACUGCACUACAAGACACUUUGUAGAAGAGGAGGCGAGAUUUUCUCGUUUUCCUGAUUGAAGGGCUUUAGCGCUGGGGCUUCCACGUCUCUCUGUAAAUAGGAUCUCCUUCUAGAAGAGGAAUGCCCAAGCCAAGCACGGCUGCCUACCGGGGCGGGGGCUGGGGGCAUGUUGGCUGUGUUCAGACCUGGAUGGGGACGCAGGUGGCCCUGGGGUCCAGCCCAGAGCCCCUGGGUGGGCUCCCUGUGGGGGCCUGCUGCCCCCUGCUGGCCAGUGCUGUUAGCGCUGCCGCCCCGCUCAGCGGUUUUCAGCCCCAUCCAUCCUCAGCCUGGCCAGGGACUGUGUUCAGAGCCCAUGUUCCAGCAGGUGCCUGGUGCCAGGCUUUCUCAUGGUUGGGGCACAAAAUCACUGGCAGAUGCAUGUUGGCCAUGAGUAAAGCACCCUCUGAUUAGCAGCCCAAGGGGUCCAGGGAUGUGUGGCGGCCUUUGUGGACUCUUUAGGGUCUGGUAUUGAAACCCUCCAGCUUCGGACCAGACCCCAGAGCCGGGAGGAGGCCAGAGCCGACUUGGCUGUGAUCUCUGGUGUUGGCCUCCCUAGUGGGGGACAGGAGCUGUGUUCUUUGAUCUGUGACUAUUGCCCCCGAAUCCAGGGGGACUCUGCAGGCCCGAGCUGCCAGGGCUGCAGCCACCCCCAGAGCCACGUGAGCCCCCCACGCCCCAUCUUGACCUUGCUGUGACAAGGCCAGGGGUUGCAUGGGGGUGGGCCAGGGCACAGGCAGCCCCCAACGUAAGAAAGACAGAACCUACGCGGGACACUCCUCUCACGCAGCCGCACCUCUCCCGCCUCCCUGGUGACGCUCGGUUGCAGGCAGGGCUCCAGGCCAGCGCUGCGCAGCGAGGAAGGAGGUGGAGGCUGGCUUCCCGGCAUCAGGGUUUCCCCCGAAAUAAGCCUUACGGCCUGAAGGGCUCAAGCCCGUGUUUCCCGAUGCGGUGUGGGCAGCCUCCAGGGAACAUGGGGGCCGCCGGGGUUGCCCAGGCCUCCCUUCUGCAGCCUCUAGGUUGCUCGAAGAUUCAUGGGAAACCAUUUGUGAGACUUAGUCUCCUUGUAAAGCAAGUAGGUUUAUAUUAUUGAGAAGAAUGCAAAAUUUGCAUGACUUUUAAAGACAAUCCCAGCUAUGGCCAUUUGGAGCGGUGCCCCCCCCGGUGUCCCCGCUUUGUGGUUGGAAGAGAGUUGGGGACCAGGCCGGCAGGCACUGGGGCCAGUUGCUCCAUAGGGAGCUGCUUCAGGGACACUGUGCAGACAGUGUGUGCCCCGGUGUGUAUGCCUAGAGGGACCAAUCCAGAGGGAGGUCUUCCUGGGCCACCCCACUCCCCCAUCACCCCAGGGUCUGGGGGAACUGUCAACUCACCCAUGUGACACAUUUGUUUCCCCUUUCAUGCCGGGUGAGUGACGGUUGAUGGGGGCGGAGGGUGGGACACGAGGAUGCGCAAGUUCAGAUUUUUAAAAGGAAAUCACGUUUCAACUUCCUGGCUCUUGUUCAAAACAGUGGCGAACUCCUGUGUGGGCUGACUUGCUAAAGGUCACACCCCCGCCCCCGAGGAGCACGGGAGGCCGCGUGACAGCAUGUGAUCCUGGAGGGCAGGAGCCCGGGAGCUGUAUGCACUUGUGGGCCAGAGGGACCCCACCGCGGUGGCCUGUGUGCGGCUCCCUGUGGGAAGGGACACCAUUCAUUUAGAUGUCAAGGUCCCACAACUAUGCACUGGCCAAAAGUUACCUUCCUCCUCUCUAUGAAAAAAGUUUGCUAAAGCAAAUUAAUGCUAUGAACAAAAGUUACAUGGGACCAGCUUCAGCUACUUAAGAGAACAAACAAGCACUUUAAGCAAGCACCAGUUGUUUGCAAACAAUGUGCUAAUAAGCAAACAAUUUGUUUAUUGAAGGAGACCCGUGGGGCCUCUUAUUGGCAAUUCUUUGCCUUGGGUUACCUUUGUAUGUGAAAGUGACAUAAAGUGGCAUCUUUGUAGGGUUAUUCUAUUAAGGUUUUGGGUUUUGUAUUUACUGUGCUAGUUCCCUUCCUCCACGCCGACUCUCUCAAUCCCUUUUCCCCUUUGACCUCCCGCCGCCUCGUAUGGAUCCUGGAAUGGAAUUUUCUAACCCCCCCCCC